AUGAAGACCCACGGCGCUGUCAAGGACGAGGAAGCCAACGCCGCCGCGUGGGAGGCCGGCAAGGGCGCGCUCAUCGGCGCCGCGAAAUGGGGAGCUGGCGCAGCUAUAUUGGGAGCGAUUGGAUACGUCUGGUCACCCAUCUAUCGCAACACGACGAUUCAGUUCAAAGUAUACCUACAGAUGUCCGGCAUGGUUGUCGGCGGCAUGAUCGAGGCGGACUGGCGGCUGAGGCAGUACGAGUACCAGAUGAGGAUGCAGAGGCGGUGGCUCAGGGAAAAGGCCAAGUGGGAGCGCUUCGAGCAGGAGUUCUCGGAGAAGAACGACAAGUGA